UUAGCAUUUAAAGAAGACUUGAUUCCUGAGGCUCAAGCGUUCAAUUACAGAGAGCGAUGCAUCCUUUCUCAUUUGAAACUAAUGAUUUAGAUAACAAGAACGUCAACAAUGCUGUAUUGUCGCAUUGAGCAUUGUGAAGUUUCUGGGGUUGUAAAUUUCAGACUUAACUACGAAUUUGCCGCAAUGACUUAUGGUGGCACUCUUGGCUUGUUCUAUUAAAGAGGCGACCCUGCCAAUAUUAGAGGACAGAAGUGCCACCUAUGUAUCAUUACAAAGAACACAUCCACUUUUGGCUCGUUAUAGCUUGCAGCCAUUGAUGUAUUCUUUUGUCAACUAUCAUAUCAAAGAAAAUGCAAAGUAUAUUGGUGCUAGUAGAAGAAAUGAAUAACCAAACAGCUGUUUGCUUACUGGAGAUACUGUUUAUCCUCAGGCAUCUAAACCAGAAUUUAAUCACUUGCAUUUUGGGCAAGAAUCAAAAGGAAUGAAUAUUCAUUCAAGCUUGCUUGCCUUAUUUUUUCUAUACUUGUAUCCCAACUGUAAGGAUCACUUCUCAAUGGCCCGAACAAAAGAUUGUGGAGGAAUUGCAAGAAAUACACUUGCUGGUAAGAACUUGAAGGGAUACACCAGAUUAAGUCUUAUGAUGGGAGGUCAUCGAUUUGCAAA